UUGAUUUUUAUUACCCCCUCAUUCCGCGCGAGCCGAAGAAAAAGUAACUCUCGGAGAUUUUCAUCGCCUAUAAUAUACAGUCGAGCACGUCUCGAGUUCGACGUCGAUAAGAGGGCGCCUUUUUGAUUUUUUAUCGCGCACGAAAUGCAAAAAUUCCUCCCGCUAUUGCUUUGCGCGGGGGGUGUCAUCAGCUCGCUCGGCGGGAAAAUCGAUCUGGUGGAUUUUCUGAGAAGCGCCCUGGACGCCCGGCUCUACUCCAGCCGCUUCUCGGCUCUCCAGAUUUUCACCUGCGGCCGCGCGAAAAACGAGCGGCAGCUGCAGCCGCUUCGAGGAUUGGCCACGAGUUUCUUAGGCCCGAUCCGCUCGAUCGGCGUCGAUGAAUUCGUUAAUCGAUCGUCGCGGGUCAAAGACAGCGAGCAUCGGCUGACUUUGGAUUCUCACCGUGCGCUCUUUAUCCUGGAUCUCGAUUGCUCCGAGGAUACGAUCGAGCGGCUGGUCGAGGCCGCCGACGCCGGCCGAUUGUUCUCGACGCCCUACAAAUGGCUCUUGAUUAGCCAAAACGAAAAUAUUUCGAGCCAGCUCGGCCGAUUGCUCGCGAGCAGAGAUAUCUAUCCGAGCAGCGAGGUGGUCGCCGUGUCAUCAUCGGGAAGGGUCGUUUCCGUCUACAGAACGAGCAAAGAAUCUCGCGAGCUGCUGAUCGAGGACAUAGGCCACUGGGACCGAGGCGGAGGUGCGUUGAGCCUGUCCGGGUCAGUCGGCGACGUCGUGGCCUGGCGCAGACGCAAGAAUCUACGCGGCACCGCUCUCAAAUCAAGCCUGGUGAUAACCAACAAAGAUACGAUCAAUCACCUGACGGAUUAUCAGGACAAGCACAUCGACACCAUCACCAAGAGCAACUAUCCGUGGGCGCUGCUCUUCGUCCAAAUGUUCAAUGCCACCGUGAGCUUCGAUCGGGUCGGCACCUGGGGCUAUCUGUCGGCCAACGGCUCCUGGGGCGGCAUGAUCGGCCAGCUGCAGCGCGGCGAGAUCGACUUCGGCGGCACCGGCACCUUCCUCGUCGGCCAGCGCAUCGGCGUCGUCCAGUACAUAUCUCUCACGACGACGUCUCACUCUCGGUUCGUGUUUCGCCGGCCGCCCCUAUCAUCGAUCUCGAAUCUGUUUCGUCUGCCGUUCGGCCGUUCGGUCUGGCUGGGUGCUCUGGGCCUGCUGCUGCUUCUGGCCGGCCUCCUGUAUCCGGCCAUGAGGCUCGAGUGGCUGAGCACCGGCCGAGACAAGCGCGAGUCGCUGAACGAGCCGAAUCCGCCGAGCUUGAGCGACGACCUGAUCGUCGUCCUCGGGGCCGUCUCGCAGCAAGGUUCUUGGUACGAGCCCCGUUCGAUGCCCACCCGCCUCAUCUACCUCAUGGCGCUGCUGGCCGCCCUGAACCUCUACGCGGCCUACGCGGCCAACAUAGUCGCGUUGCUCCAAUCAACAACCAGCUCUAUUAACGAUCUGCGCGACCUGCUCGACAGUCCGCUGACCCUCGCGGUGCACGACACCGUCUUCAAUCGCCACUACUUCGGCUCGUUCAAGGAUCCCGUGAGGCGCAGCGUCUACGAGGACAGGAUCUGCAGCGGCAGCACGUCGAAAAAGUGCAACUGGUACGGCAUCGAGGAGGGCAUCGAGCGCGUCAGGCGGGGCCAGUUCGCGUUUCACGUGGUCCUCGGCGCCGCCUACAAGAUCGUCGCCGAGACCUACGCCGAGGACGAGAAGUGCGACUUUCACGAGAUCGAUUAUCUGAAUCAGUUCGAUCCGCACUUCGUGAUACCGGUGAGGUCGCCCUACGUCGAGCACUUCAGAGUCGGUGCAUUGAAACUGCACGAGACUGGACUGCGGGGCCGCGAGCUCGAUCGUCUGUACGCCAAGCGGCCGAGCUGCGGCUCGUCCCGUCGCUUCCUCAGCGUCGGACUGACCGAGUGCUACGGGGCCUUCUAUCUGCUCGUCUACGGCGCCGCGCUGGCGCUCGGACUGCUCUGCCUCGAGAUCGCCGUCGACCAGGUACGACGUCGACGAAGACUACGACGGCAGCUGACGAAUAGCAGCAUCGUACGAGCCUCUCCUCUGCCGAAGCAGUGGUAAACACGAGAUCAGACACUUCGGUAGCACGUGUCGAACACGCCUACGGAUGUGUCACGGAUUUGUGUGUAUAUAUUUUAUGAACGCACGAUGCGAGCCGACGAGCCGAGAAACAAUAAAGUCUGUGCACACAUUGACGCCUGAUGCUCGUUUUUAUUAUUAAUUGUCUCGUAGCGUGGUUUAUCCGGUUUCGCAUCCAAGUGUGAAAUCGCUGAAAGGAUCAUCAUAUUAAUUAGGAUUUUGGAUCGACCUCGAUUACAAUACAUUUGAAACCGGCCGCCGGAAACUUUCUGUACUCGAGAGCCAUUCGAUAUUUUUUGUAUUCAAAUUCGAGUAAAGAAACAGAUGAGUUUUAAAGCGUUUUAACGAGGAUUUUGAAUUAAUUAAUUCUGAGUGUUACGUUGCAUUACUUAAAAAUUUGAGACGUUCUUGCGUUACCGCAACACCGAGGCAUGUUUGACCGCCACGCCUGACUUCUGUCUUGGUGUAU